AUGGACCCGGAAGCAGACGCCGAUGCCGCAGCCAUGGCCGCCGCAAUGGGCUUCUCGUCCUUCGGCGCGCAAGAUCGCCCCCAGAAAAAGAGGAGAUAUAAUCCUGCAGUGGACGCGGUCUCGCAGUCCUCGCCGAGCUUGAAAGAUGCCUCGACGGGAUCUAAUUCCACGCCGCUAGGAAAGCAGACCAGCACGCCGAAACAGGCAGCAAACGAAGACGAGAUUGACCUAGAGGGUGAGGAUGACGAACAACAAUCGGGGCAAAAGGAAGCUCCCCGAGAGAGCGAAGGUCAAGUCCCUUCUCACCACGGCUUGCCAGCUCGUCCUGCUCCAGGAACAGGCUUCGUUGGAUCGCGAGGGCAACCUGCAAGUCGAGAGAGAGCCUCGCAAGGGACAAGCGCGAAGCCGUGGUACGAAGGCUACUACGACAACAUGUCCAACGAGAAUCCGUGGGAGCGAAUUGAAAAGAAGUUGGGUCUUGAGUCGAAGGGGACUUGGGUUCCAAGGCAAACGCACCCAGUUCCGGAUAUUUGA